AUGUUUCUAUGUUUCCCUGAUACAUCUGCUUUGUCGCAGGGCGCCAAGCUAUCCUGGGUGGAGUUCUUUGCUGGACGGGCAGAAGCUACCCGCGUGAUGCGGUUGUCAGGACGCACUGCUGCUAAAGUAGACGUGCUCUACCACACAGCCCGUCAUGGAAAGAUGAACUACAUGGACAUCAAUUCGCCAGCUGGCAUGGCGUUAGCCAUCGCACUGAUUCUUAAAGGAGAUGAUCACGGCUUCCUAUGCCACUUUGGCUUGAAAUGUGCUUCCUGGACAAGCAUCAAUCAAGCGACCUCAAUGCGAUCCGCCUGCUCUGCGAUUGGUAAUACUUCUAUACCAUCAGUGCAGGAAGCUAAUGCAAUGGUCUCCCGGCUCGUGCUCCUCUGCAUCCUGACGGUGGCGGCCGGAGGAACCUUCACUAUAGAGCAGCCGUCGGGGUCGUUCUUCGAGUUCUAUCCUAGAUUUCGUUCCUUGAUCCGUUGCCUGGAAAUGGUGCACAAAACUGCAUGGUGGAUGCGUUUGUACGGAUCAGUGACGCCGAAGCGCCACUGGGCAUGGUCCAACUCAAGGGAGUACCCCCGGAAGUUUGGGUUGAAGUUUACGGAGAUCUUUGCCAAGUUGCUGGCCGACUCCCGCGGCAGACCAGCGUUGCCCAGCAAUCUUCCCAGCUUGGAGGAGCUCUUCAGCUCCUUGGAUUUCGAGGACAAUUGGGAUGAGUGCGACAUGGUUGAGGUGUGCCGGUACUUACGUGGAGGGAAGAAUUUGUCCAUCCCUGCCAGCUUCAGACAUGUACUCCCAGAGGUUUUGUAA